GCUGCUUGAAAUGUUGAAUGGGCAGCUAGCUGCAUGGCUGGCAUAACUAACUUGUGAUAAAAUAAUUGUCGUAUUUUGGGUGGAGUAACGUCGUGAGCAUUGCGAAAUGGCUUCAAGAUUGGAUCGACUGUUUGUGCUCCUUGAUUCGGGCUCUUCUUCAUCGACUCGAAAAGCAGCUGCACAGCAAAUCGGGCAAGUGCAGAAAGUUCAUCCGCACGAGCUCCCCACUUUACUGAAAUCGGUACAUGUGUACCUUCGCAGCUCAUCAUGGGAGACUCGGAUUGCUGCUGGUCAGGCAGUGGAAGCUAUCGCCGAGAAUGUGCCCACAUGGCAGCCUGUAGCAACCCAAGGCUCAGUAACCCAUGCCCAGUCUACAGAACCUCCGGAGGUUGAGCGGGAUGAGGAAGCGUCGCAACUCGGCCGACUCGCGUUCAGCCAGUUCAAAGUUGAACGACUUUUGAAGCACGGUCAGCCAUUGCUUGCCGCUGCUCGAUCCUCUACGGAGUAUGAUGCUCCGUCCAUUGCGAAUGAUCCCUCAUUCUCCGGCCUUGAUCGCAAGCAGCAAGCAGCUCGGCUGCGCCAGCAAGUCAUGAAGAAGCUAGGCAUGGAUGGCCUGCCAGGCGGAGUAGGAAACAGCCGUGAGCUAUUCGACGAUGAGGACCUACUCUCUCAGGCAUCACUCCCACCAUCACCAGGUCGCUCUGCUCUAUGUCAGGAUGUUUGUCAGGCGGUGGCGGGAGAGUUGGCCGACACCCAGUCCAAUCUUAGUCAGCGUGAGAAGCACCGGGCCAAGCGUAAGGCAAAGUUGCAAGCAAGACAGUCCACUGAUGCCUCCGCCGCUGCAGCGUCGAACUCUGCCAACGGUGUGUCAUCGGAGGGACCGUCGGCUAAACGUGUGAGGAAGCCGGGUGCUGGUGAUUCAGUGGACGCAGAAGACAAACAACAACCCAUGGACACUGAUGCACCAGAGCCGCUGGCGCCACAAGAGAGCACUGAGUGGCCAUUUGAAUCGCUGUGUGAUGAGCUAUGUCAAGAUUUGUUUCACCCUUCUUGGACAAUUCGCCAUGGAGCUGCAACAGGCCUACGUGAAAUUAUCAAGAUACAUGGCAGUACAGCUGGUCUCAGAGUGGACAUUCCAACAGACAAGUGGCCAGUCACGAAUCUCGCUUGGUUGGAGGACAUGGCAUUACGCUUGAUAUCCGUGUUGGUACUGGAUCGGUUUGGUGACUAUGUAUCUGAUGAAGUUGUAGCUCCAGUUCGUGAAACCUCAGCCCAGACGCUUGGUGUAGUGUUGCGACUGCUCGACACACAUGGAGUUCAGGAAGUGCUGAAAGUCUUGUUGCAGCUACUGCAUCAGGACGCCUGGCAAGUCAGACAUGGCGGACUGCUGGGUAUCAAAUACAUGAUGGUCGUUCGGCAGGAGGUAGUACAUGAUGUACUGUGCACUGCCUGGCCGGGGUUGCUCUCAGGUCUUGGUGACAUGUCGGAAGAUGUCCGUGCUGUCGCUGCUGCUGCUUUACUACCCAGUGUCAAUCAGCUGUCACAAACACUGCCGCAAUAUGUUGGUCCCCUACUGGAGGUGCUGUGGUCGGCAUUGCUGGAACUCGAUGAUCUGACUACAUCCACGCACAACGUAAUGCUGCUUCUCUCCGGCUUGGUGGAGGCCAGCAGCUGUGGCAAACAAUCGCCUGUAUCCGACUGUAAACCUGUGACUGGCGCUGACGUUGUGAGCACUACUGCUGGUGCUGCGGGAUUCGACCUCUCCUCGUUGUCUACCCCCAUGCCAGAGUUGGUGAUGCGCUGUUUCACUUUCUUCCGUCACCCGUCCAAGGCGGUGCGCCACUCCACACUACGUACUAUUCAAACAUUGAUCAGCACCAUGAGCGGCCGUGCGCUGGCAGCAGCAACCACCGGAGGAGCAGUCAAAUUGGAACAAGAUACAUCAGGCAGCAUGGAGUGUUGGCUGGGUGAACAGACCCUGCCCCCACUGAUGUGUCACCUGUUUCAAACCAUGCUGCUAGAUGGAGAAGUGCAUAUACAUAACGAAGUGGAGAAGACAUGGAGAAUGGCAAUAUCUCGUGCACCCACAGCUCUGCUGAGUCACAUUGUACUGGAGCAACUUCCUAACUGGAUUUGUCUGUGGCUGGCUAGUACAUCGGUUCCACUGGAUACUUCAUUGCUUCUGCUAUCAUCCCAGUCUGCUGGUUCCAGUAGUGAUGCUGGUGGCAGUAGACAACCUUGUUCAAUGUUCAUCGGUGGACUACUCGGUACAGAGUCGUUAGCUGAGCAGGAUCAGCAGGCAACAGUCGUACGCCUGCGCAUUGCUAAGCUCUUUGCCAUACUGGCAUGUUCGUUGCAGGAGCGUGCAGCUGAGGCCAGUGGUGACGUCAGUACAGCUCCGGUGUUUGCCGCUCUGCAGAAUCUCCUUCAGACACUGCUCAACUCAACCAGCGCUGUGUCUCGCUGGGCUGCCGCGUACAUGAUCGCUUCAUGGGCCACUCUAAGAAAGCCUUGUCUGGAUAUGCAACUACAGACGGAUCUCCUUCGACUAGCUAACACUGGUAGUAUGCCACUGUAUGAUGAGGCAACAUCCACGUUCAACACCAUGCAGAGUGAAUGCAAGAGACUGGUAUCUACACUGCAAGGGUUCAAUGUUCCCCUGCCAGAGCAGCCCAGUGCGUAUAUUGCUGACAGUUCCGCCCAGCUGGCAUCCACAGCGCUGUCCGUGUAUAGUACACAGCUACCAGCUGCGUCUGCACAGACUGUGCAGAGGCAAGCCCAGUCCAUCCUGGCUGUCACUGGCCGAUUUCAAGAGUUCUCCCAGGCCACGCAUGCAAGAGUUCAGUUAUGUGUAGCGUGCAGUCUAGUACAGCUGGGUGUGUUGCCUGACAAGCUGAAUCCUGUUAUUCGACCCACUAUGGAGACUAUCAAGCAGGAACCUGAUCCGCUAUUCAAGGGUAUUGCAAUGGAGACACUAUAUGGCUUGUUGCGACACUGCGCUGGGCGCACUCCGUGCCCGAAUGCCAAGAUCCUACGCAAUCUGAUUACCAUGGCAACACGUGAUCAGCUACACACACCCAGUGUCAAGUUGCCGUUCAAUGCUUACGUUACCUUGGUGAUGAGACACUCAGCAGGAAACAGCUCUGGAUUCAUCACCCCAAGCACACCCUUGACUCCGUCAUCAUCAGCUUCGUCAGUAACGGCUGCACCGGCGGCUGCAUCAGCUGCCGUUUCAACGUCAGCUGGUCUUGCCGGUGAUAAGUCUGCUGGGAUAUUUCCAACUGUGGAUGUUUCAUGUGAUCAGCAUGAUGGUGUACUCACACUAUCCGUACAGCAGCUUGUAUCGAGUGCAGUACCUGGACGACGUGCGCGCACCCUCUCCAGUCCUGUGCACUCCAUCACCAUGGCAACCACUGCCAUGUCAAGCAGUGUGUCGGUCGAGGCAUUGCAGCUUAGCUCUUUAGUGACGUCAUCCGACCCUGCUGACAAGACUGUUCUACAGCGUGACGGUGCACAGCAAGCUCUGCAGCACUUAUCAUCUGAGUUUGGUGCCCAGCUCUUGCACUCUCUUCCUGCAUACUGGGAUAGUAUCACAACUACCCUACUAGCUAUGACGUCACCUAUCAGUCAAGACACUCCGGUGUCCGACGAUGUCAUGAACCAGCUGAUGACGUCAUUGCAGCUUUGUGAAAUUUGCAUACCCUGUGUGCAUGCUGAUCUUGUGGUCAAGUUUGAAUGCAUGCUGGAGCAGAUCUUCAACUGCUUACUCUCAUCCUACACAUCAGUGAGACACAUGGCAUCACGGGUACUGGCCGCUCUUGCUCACCGCUCACUGGCUCCAGUCAUGCAGGCUCUGAUGGAUCGUUUGUCUAUGCUCUCCAAUGACCACGUGCCAUGUUAUCGGUGUGGCAUCAUCGAAGCUAUACUGCACAUUGUGGACGCUGUGCGCUUGGCCAUCGUACCGUAUGUUGUUUUGCUCAUCGUCCCUGUGCUGUCAAGAAUGAGUGAUCAGCACUCGGCUGUGCGCCUAUCGGCUUCUCAGUGUUUUGCUACCCUCAUCAGACUCAUGCCACUGGAGUCGGGUGUUCCUGACCCGGAAGGCAUGAGUGCAGAUCUCAUCGCUCGCCGUGCCGAGGAGCGUCAUUUCCUUGAGCAGCUGCUGGAUGGUAGUCGUGUGGAUGACUUUGAAUUGCCGUGUGCGGUCAAUGCUGAACUACGCAAGUACCAACAAGACGGUGUGAACUGGCUGGCAUUCCUUAGCAAGUACAACCUGCAUGGGAUACUCUGUGAUGAUAUGGGUCUUGGUAAGACUCUGCAGACUAUCUGCAUUGUAGUCUCCGACCACUACAUGCAGCAACAACAGCAGCAGCAACAACAGACUGAAAAUGUUCCUACAGAAAGCAUCAACAGCAGUGGCAAUGCAGCAUUGUCCCCGGACGGCCCAUCAGCGACAGCAAUGGAUACGGAGCAUGAAGCCACUACGGCGAGUGCUGAAACAGACACUGUGCAGGAGACUACUUGUGCUGUUUCGGUUACUGCUGGUUGCGAUAAUGACACCGAUAGGACUACGAAUGCAGACAGUGCUGGCGAGGCAUUGGUGGCUCGGUGCAAUGAAGCGCCUUCUCUUGUCAUCUGCCCACCAACACUCACUGGUCAUUGGUGUGCAGAAGUGGAGAAGUUCUGUGGCCGUGACGGUGUGCUGCGUGUCCUGCACUACAUGGGCGAUGUUCGUGAGAGGGUUAGAAUACGUUCAUCAUUAGCAGAGUGUAAUCUGGUUGUUUCAUCGUAUGAUAUCGUUCGCAAUGAUUUAGACUUCUUCAAGUCAGUAAAGUGGAACUAUUGUGUUCUGGAUGAAGGUCAUGUCAUCAAGAGCAACAAAACAAAGAUCACAAAGGCUGUCAAGUCACUGCAAGCAUCUCAUCGUCUCAUCCUGUCCGGUACACCUAUACAAAACAAUGUGCUGGAGUUGUGGUCACUGUUCGACUUCUUGAUGCCAGGAUUCCUGGGUAGCGAGCGUCAGUUCUUGUUGCGAUACGGCCGACCGAUUAUCAACAGUCGUGAUGCCAAGGCUUCAUCCAAAGAGCAGGAAGCAGGUGUGCUGGCAAUGGAAUCUCUUCACCGGCAAGUGUUGCCGUUCAUACUGCGACGCAUGAAGGAAGACGUGCUCCACGACCUGCCACCCAAGAUCAUUCAGGAUUACUGUUGUCAGCUGAGCCCUCUGCAGGUUCGUCUGUAUGAGGAGUUCUGUACUUCACGAGCCAAGGGAGUUGUGAACCAGUUACUGAAUGAGAAGAAAGAGGGCAGUGGAGGAGGGUCAAGUGAUGCUGGAGAUGCUGGCAAGUCUAGUUCUGGAAAGGCAGCACCGAAGGGUACAGUGUACGCCUUCCAGUCCCUGCAGUAUCUGCAGAAGGUGUGCAAUCAUCCAGCGUUGGUGCUGACCAACAAACAUCCAGCAUACCCUGAGAUCACAGCUGAGCUAGCAGAAUCCAAGAGUGGCUUGCAUGACAUCCAGCAUUCAUGCAAGCUAGUUGCAUUGAAACAGCUUCUGUUUGAUCUGGGACUUGGUGGUAGCAGCAGCGCACACAUGGAGUCUACUGGUGGUGGUGGUGGUGCGAAUACUUCACUUUGUUCAAGUGCUGCUGACAUCCUGGAUGGUAAUGUUGUGUCAGCUCACCGAGUCUUGCUCUUCUGCCAAGCCAAGAGUGUGCUGGAUAUAGUGGAGAGUGACCUUCUCAAGUCACACUUCCCUUGUAUUUCCUACCUGCGACUGGACGGCAGUACACCGGCAAUGGAGCGACAUGGCCUUGUCACACGGUUCAACAACGAUGCCAGUAUAGAUAUGUUGCUGUUGACUACACACGUUGGUGGUCUGGGUCUAAACUUGACAGGUGCUGAUACAGUUAUCUUCAUGGAACAUGACUGGAAUCCCAUGAAGGACUUACAGGCAAUGGACCGAGCUCAUCGUAUUGGCCAGAAGAAGGUUGUCAAUGUGUAUCGUCUUGUAACACGUGGUACUAUGGAAGAGAGAAUAAUGAGUCUUCAAAGAUUCAAGCUGGGCAUAGCAAACUCGGUGGUGACUGCAGAGAACUCCAGCCUGUCGUCAAUGGACACACACCAACUGCUGGAUCUGUUCCAAGGGGAGGAGAAGUCAUCGGUCACCAGGAAGGGCAAGGCAGCAGGAGGUUUGCAGCAAGCAGCUAGUUCCAGCGCUACUGCCGCCGGUGGUGGAGGCUCAAUGAAGGCUGCUCUUGAAGACCUGGAAGAGCUGUGGGACAGUAAACAGUAUGAGGAGGAGUAUAGUCUAGAUGGGUAUCUGCAAUCACUGAGCGACAAGACUUAGUGCUGCUUGUCUCCACACGUCACUCCUAUCCUGCAGGUCAGCAUUGGCAUGACUGGAGACUGGACGUCAGGCUGCAGGUGAUAUUCACUUGGUCAGUUUGCUGCAGCUAUCAGUUACAGCCACCCGAGUCCUUUUUUAUCCGUUCAGACAAUGGCGUUAUCAGCGCUGUCUCACAUGCUACCCAUGCGCUGUCUCACAUGCUACCCAUGCGUUGUCUCACAUGCUACCCAUGCGCUGUCGUGCAUGUACCAGUCUGUGUAGUCGCUUUGUUUUGUCAGCUGGAUUUCCUGCUGUGUACAUGGCCAAUGCGCGAGGAUGUACUGCAUGCACAGUCUGCCUGCACAUGUGCUGCAUGCACAGUCUGUCUGUCAACGCAUGUGCCGCGUUAGCUGAGGAUGUACUGUAUGCACAGUCCGCUAACACAUGUUCAGCAAGAGUUGCUGCUACUGAUGAGUUUCUGCUUACCUUUGUGGAGCUGUGCUGCAAUAGCACAGUGUUGACUGUUAAAUACAUUAUGCUCGUCUGUUGGAGCCACGGUUCUCUGCAGUGUGCCCACUGACACCAGCUGGGAGCUUCCUCUCUUCAGAAAGGGCCAAUUUCCCGUACUAUGCCCUCUCUUCAGAACUACAUUGAUAUCAAGCCCUGGGAGCUUGUAUUUUUAUGUGCGUAUUCUGGCAGUUUUGACCUGUUUUUUAUCUAUGUGCGUGUCUUCUAUUAAUUCUGACACAUUUUUGGGAAGUCAUCUGGAUAAGUAGGGUUAACAGGUAUUUUGAUUAGUUUUGCACCAGGUCAUGCCAAGUAAGGAUAAGAGCAGGGUUUGAGCUGCUCAGUUGCUCAAUCCGUGCCAUGCCAACAGCUGCUGCUGCUUGAUGUACCCAUACUGCUCAGUGCUGGCCUUUCUAUGUGUACUUCGUGCCAGAAUACAGAUUUUACGUGUGCACAAUAAUCAGCGUUGCUUGUUUUCCCACGCUGAGCAUAACGUUACCCCUCUCUCUCUCUCUUUCUCUCUCUCUCUCUCUCUCUCUCUCUCUCUCUCUCUCUCUCUCUCUCUCUCUCUCUCUCUCUCUUUCUUUCUCUCUCUCUCUCUCUCAUGCAGUGGCUGUGUGGACACAGCUUUACUCCAUCGUCAUGUUUUAUUCCGCGUUUGCACCUCUUGUACUGAGGCUCUAGUUUUUAAAGUUCUGCCCCUGUGGCUUGUAGAUUUAUUCUACGUCGA